AAAAAACCUCAAACUGCUCCUGCAUCGACAGCUUGUCACAAUGCAACUUCCUGCAGCGCGUUUGACAUCUCCCGAACAAAACCCGUCAAAAUUACCAUAAAAAACGUGAACUAACUGAUGAAAUGGAGCUGUGCGACGCGGAAUUUCUAGCCGCCAAUGCGGCGGAAGCCUCCUCAACCGAUGCUGAAGAUCAGAAAAAGGAUGGCGAGGCAAUGCCCCGCUCAGGCAACCAGAAAAAGGCCUCCGCUGCCCAGCUGAGGAUAACUAAAGACAUAAACGAACUGAACCUGCCGAAGACCUGCAACACGGAAUUUCCCGACGCUGACGAUCUGCUGAACUUCAAAUUGGUGAUAUGCCCUGAUGAGGGCUUCUACAAAGGCGGCAGAUUUGCAUUCAGCUUUAAAGUGGGCCCCAACUAUCCACACGAGCCGCCCAAAGUAAAGUGCGAAACGCAGGUGUAUCACCCCAAUAUCGACCAACAGGGAAACGUGUGCCUGAACAUACUGCGAGAGGACUGGAAGCCGGUUUUGACGAUAAACAGCAUUGUUUAUGGGCUGCAGUACUUGUUUUUGGAGCCCAACGCCGAGGACCCGCUUAACAAAGAGGCGGCCGAAGUGCUGACGAGCAACCGGAGGCUGUUUGAACAAAACGUCCAGAAGGCGAUCAGGGGCGGAUACGUGGGGGGCGUCUACUUCGAUCGGUGCUUGAAGUGAUCAAUGGCAAUGUAUACUUGCACAUGCAUCUUAUUAAAUUAUAACGAAUU